AUGUCUCUGGCAGAUUAUUGGCUAAGGCAGCAGAACGCGCAGAAAGCUAGAGAAGCCAAGGCGAAGAAAACAGCAGUGACGACACAGAAAGCACCAGUCACACAAAUUUCUUCAUCCGAGUCGGAUGAAGACCCUAUCCAAAACCCCCUUCCCAAACCAUCAAAGCAUACACAGCCUCCAGCAUCCGCACAAUCCGGACGAUCAAUUCCCGGACGAUCAACCUUCACAACCACUAGCAUAACUAAUACCGAAGCUUAUCAAAACCUACAAACACGACUUAAAGCACUGGAAAGCCUGAAGAAGGAUCACGAAGACAGGGAAAUCGCUAUGAGGUUCCACAUAGCAGCACGCCCUGACAUACCCUGGAUAGAUAUAAUCCCAGCUCUACAACACAAUCUGAACAAUUCUUCCGGACCGUAUCCUUUCCAUCUCACCAGACAUUCUAAAGUUGGCUUUCCGCCGGCUUUAUUUAUUCUUCUCUUCAAUAAAGGUACCUACUUAAAUCAAUUACCCAAUUUCGGUACCCCGAUACCAAAACUGGACAAUAUUCACGACGACCGUACCAAUGCGGCAACACAUUAUUCAUUCCUGAAGCAUCCUUCUAACCAGCAUUGGAGAUUUCUUGCGGAGUCCUAUCUUUGCAAUAAGCUCUCCGAGGACGAAGCACUUUCCAAGCGCUUUGCCAAAGGCAACGGCGUUGAUCCAGAAAAGGAGAUGGAGGACGAGCUUGUUGACUAUUUCAACAACCUGGCCAGCACCAACGACAACACCAAUGUUGGCCAGAGCGACAAGCCGGACGACGAGCCAGUCUCAGAAUAUUCAACGUCUAAGCCCGCGUGCUAUUAA